AUCUACGUCAAGGAUCUGACGGUCAAGACGAUCGUCGUGGAUGUCGAUGGCGCGAACACGGUGGCGGAAAUGAAGACGAAGAUCCAGGACAAGGGCGGUAUACCCCCUGACCAGCAGCGCCUCAUCCUCGCCGGCAAGCAGCUCGAGGACGACCGCACGCUCCAAGAUUGCAACGUCCAGAAGGAGUCCACGCUGUGCCUUGUGGGGCGCCUGCGCGGCGGCCAAGGCUUCCAGGUCUUCGUGAAGACCGUGACGGGAAAGACCAUCACGCUGAACAACGUGACACCCGAGACCGCCGUCGAGGCACUCAAGGACCAGAUCCAGGAUAAGGAGGGCGUCCCAGCCAACCAACAGAGGUUGAUUUUUGCUGGCAAGCAGCUGGAGCCCAACUACACCGUGGCGCACUAUCAUAUCCAGCCGCAGUCCACCCUGCACCUGGUGAUGCGGCUGCUUGGUGGCAGCCGCUAA